CUUAGUGGCAUGGCUACGUGUGUCCCGCCUACAAAUGAAUUGAUUGUUUGUCCCAUAUGUUUUGAGGUUUUUCGGGAUCCGAAAACACUACCUCAAUGCCUGCAUACAUUCUGUAAGUCUUGCAUCUGUUCAUAUGCAUCGACAACCUUGAACAAAUUUUCAGAUAAGGUUAAUUUUAAUUGUCCUGUUUGCCGGAAGUGCUACGGCAAGGUAGAUGACAUUGAUGCAUGGUUAGAAAACCUACCAAACAACCAUUUAGUUGUCAGUUUGAUUAACCAAGAGAAAAUGGAAAGUAAAGAGACAUUGUGCGCCUACUGCAAAAGGCAAGAAAAAAAUGAACCUGCGAUAUACUCGUGCGCAGAAUGCUCUGAUAACCUUUGUGAGAAGUGUGUCAAAUUUCACGAGGUCAACAGGCUAACAAUGGAACACAAGGUGUGUCGUAUUGAAGCCCAAAAUCAGACUAAUUCCUUCAGCUCCGUCUUCUUUUGUAAGCAACACAACAGUAGAAAACUGGAAGUCUACUGUUUCGACCACGAGGAACCUUGUUGUCUGAUGUGCGCCACUGUAUCUCACAGAAAAUGCGAAAAGGUCAGUAGCUUGGACGAAUGUUCCUUAGAUUCUGCUGAAAAGUUACCAAGUCUGAGCAAAGAAUUUUGCGAACUAAAGACAGCGUGCGAAUCAGAGAUAGCCCGCAUAGAAGGUGACCAGGAGAAUUUCAAUAAAGAAUCAGAAAACAUAGAGGCCAGAGUUAAAGGUUUGACAGAGGAAAUAAUUCAGACCUUGAGAGACAAAGAAAGAAGUGCCCUUGAUAGUCUGGCAAAAAUUGAAAAGGAACAGACACUGGUAUUACAGACAAAGCUUGGGGAGUUACAGACUUUUCAAGAGAAGCUGGAGCGAAGUAUCCAACUGCUUCAAAAUUCUGAACGAUUCAGCAAGAUUGCACUGUUUUUGGAGAUUAAGAAGAUGGAAAAAGAUAUAUCGGACAUCCGUUUGCAAAUUAAAGAACUAGUGAAAGGUUACAAAAAACCAGUUUUAGACUUGCAUAUUAAUGAUUUCGGGCGUAAUUUUCAUUCAUCAUUAAAUUUAUUUUGUGAAAUUAAGGUUAAAUUGAAGAUCACUGACGUUGGCUAUCGGGCUGGAAAACUUGUGCUGGAAAAGUCACUGAACGUUCAAGAAAGCUCUUGUCUAACGGACGUUGAGGUUAUUAAUGGUAGUCAUUUGGUAACGGCAUGUCAAAAUAGUAAGGUGGUAUAUUUCUUAAAUGCGGAUGGUACUUUGUUGACAUCAAGUCGACUUCCUGGUACUCCCUGGGGUAUAGCAGCUCUCCGAAAACAUCAAUUUCAAUUCUGUGUCUCAAUGCGAGAUCCCAAUCUUGUUGGUAUUUACAAAGCAAAUAUUACAGAUUGUUGCAUUAUACGUUGCAAAGAAUUAAAACUGCCCCAUAAUGCAUGGGGUAUUUGUACAUUUGAUGGUAAAAUCAUUGUUUCCUUAGCGGAAACGACAAAGAGUCAAGUAUUUAGAGUUUAUGAUGAAGAAGGAAAUUACACUGAAGAACACCACUCGUAUGAUAAUUCAAGUUGUAACGGAAUCCAUGCCAUUUCAGACAGAUAUCUAUUAUACACUAUUCACUCUAACAAUUCUGUUUACUCGAAAGACCUGAGUAAUACUGAAGCUUCGACUAAACUAUGUAAAUCUUCAGAGAUGAGUAAUCCAAUAGGUAUUACAAGUGAUUCCGAGGGAAAUUUGUAUGUUGUAUGUUAUAGGUCUAGUUACGUCUUCCAGUUAGAUCCUAACGGAAAAUUCAUUAGAAAGAUUAUACAAAACGACCCAGCCGUCCAAAAUCCGUACGGCAUCCGUGUGACAUUAUUUUGUGAUGGAAUUAAAUUGUUGCUAACAUCUGGUGGAAAGAUUCUGAUCUAUAACUUCAGUUAAAUAUAAUUCAAACUGAACCUUAGAAGUUUCUCUGUUCGAUGUACUAUAUGAGCCAAACACAUAUUAAUUCACUGAAAUGUUAUUGGAUAAACCAUGCAAAAGACAACAUUGUUAAAAACCUUCAAUACGACAUUUGGAUUUCAUCAAGGCCUUACAUAAUGGAAUGACCUACCACUGUUACAUUACAAUAUUAUACACAAUAUA